AUGUCAGACUUGGGCAUCCAAGCGCAUCUCGAGCGCCGUUGGGGAGCCUCAGACCCCGUCUCUCUUGUAUCUCCCAACCGCUUCCAGCCAGCUUCAUUUAGCCCGGCAUUCCCCGUGACUCCCUACCGAUACCGAGCCGUCAGCCUUGCCACCACUGCCAACGCAGCUGCUGGAAUGCGUUCAAUUCAUUCCAAGGCCGAUAAGCCCUUCAAGGAUCAGAUUCCGCCUAUCUACACUGGCCGCCACCUCUGGUCUGACAUCCGACCGACAACGUCCAAUAUGCUCCCAUCUCCUCUUGUCGCCUACGAGGAACUUCCUCUCCCGAACAGUGAUCGAGCCGAGCUUCCAUCCUGCACUGUUCGGUGGCGGUUCACUGGACGAUUCAGCCUGAAUCGUGAAGAAGAUAUUGCGCGCGGUUCGAUCCGCCUGCAAGUCCGACGCUUUCUUGCCUCGAACAACUCCGUCAACACGUCUUGCAUGGUCAAUUUCCCGCGCGGGGUUGGCAGAGGCCGCGUUGUCGAAGUCACUGUCUCGCCUGAGAAUCUCGACACCGUUGCUGCGGUUCAGCUGGUCUUCAACGGCUCGCAACUUCAACGCCUCUUUGUGGGUCCUGACCUCCCGAGAACUUCCCUGGUCAUCGAAGUGCUCGGUAUUCCCCUGCCCCUGCGUACUGCAUGGUUUGAAACAGCAGCCAAUAUCGCAAGCCUUCUUCAACCUCACGUUCGAGUGCACGAUAUCUGGGUAGCCCAGAAAUCUUACGCCAACGAUCCAACACCGCCCGAAGACACAAACAACAUGGUGGCGCUGGCCUCUCUAUCCCCUGGCGAGGAUGGUGGCGUCGACCCAUAUUCAUUCCACUCGCUUCCCGACUACCUCAAUGUUGGCGGUGCAGAAUGCAAGCUGGUGUACGCCAGGCGCCUGUCCUGA